ACAUGUUAGGCGAACGAAAGAGCAGGCAGAAAACGCGAGAAAACACGCGCUAGCAGAGCAUUCUGGAGAUAUUUAUAUUUCAAAAAAGUAAGUGAAUUCGGUAAAAUGUCUACCUCGGGACGCAAGCGCAAGCAGCAGCUAAAGCCGCGCCAGGACGAUCACAGAUCGCCCAUAAAGCGCAGCACUGUGGACAUAAAAAGGGAGCCGCUCGACAGCAGCUACCCGGCGCUGGCCGACUAUCACCUGAGCAGCGCCGACAUCAAGCCCGAUUUGACAGAGCUCCAUCUGGAGAUGGCAGCGGCGGAACGCGAGCAGCCCCCAGCCCUCAGCGGACACGAGCUGGACAAUCAGGAGAGUGACUCGGACGAGGACGGCUACUCGGAAAUAAACUACGAGGCGGCCGAUGUCUUUACCCAAGACGAAGUGGACAACUAUGAUCCGGAGUGGACAACGCAGCAGUCUAGCACACGCCUGCUGUUCAAGUUCAACACUCCGCUGCAGCAGACGGGCCUGAAGGGCGGCAAGAACUACAUGGGCCCCCAGCACUACUUCAAUCAGAUUCUCGGCCAUCGGGGCACGUUCUUCUUCUUGCUGGCCAAGAGCUGCAACAGGCGUGCCAAGGGCUGCACCCUGACCCACGCCGAGGAAAUGGAGGCAUUUGUGGGACUCUCCCUGCUCAUGAGUGAUGUCAAGCUGAGCGAGCUCGCCGACUAUUGGAGCACAAAUAUGCACUACGGAUUGGUUGGGUUCAAGGAGAAGAUGUCGCUGGAGCGCUAUCGCCAGCUGAUGCAGUGGCUCAACUUUGAUGCCCUCGAUGUGACGGCAAAGAGCAGUGCAGAUGAUUACAAUAAAUUGCUGACCUUCAUCAACGAACGCAUGGCGGAGCUGUACGUGUGCGGCCAGCAGCUGGUGCUCAAUGACCCAGUGACCCUGUGGAAGGGUCGAUUUAGCUACAAUCAGGACCUGGCUCACAAAUUCCGCAGCAAUGCUCUGCUUCUGCACAUGCUCACGGAGCAAAGUGGACUGGUCAUUAAAGUGCUGCCGGAGAUAGUGCAGCGGGAGAAGGCAGGCGCAUGGGUGCGUAACUCCCGACAGCUGGUGGAACACCGGAAUGAGCUGGCACUGAAGCUGGUGGGGGUGCACCAGGAGGGACGCACGGUGUACGCGUCCAAGUUCUAUGGCAGCUAUGGCCUCGCCUUUGAGCUGUCCAACAGGAACACCUACUGCACUGGACUGCUGGACAGGAACAGGUAUGGCAACAGCAAGGCGCUGGUGCAUCAGCAGCUGACAUCGAACAGCAUUGUCAUGUGGUAUGCCACUCCGCCAUUGAUGAUGGGCAAGUGGCGGCGUCGCGAGAAGAGUUUGUACUUCUUCAGCUCCGAUUGUCUGGCCAUCUAUUCGAAGGAGAUGUCCAUGCAAAAGACGAAUGCCCGACCGAAGCUCAUCCAGGAGAUAGACCGACAACUGCGUCCGGCCAACCAGAUCAGACAGCAAUUAAUCGAGUAUCAGCCGACCUGCCAGGGCCUUCAGUCGGACAAAAAAAUGGUCAUCUUUCUGCUCAACAUGAUUGUCUACAACUCGUAUCUGUUGUACCAGAACAAUACCCCACCGCCGCGCGGAGGAGAUGCCACAUUGAAGUAUAAAAACUAUCCCGAAUUUCGUGUGGCAAUCAUUCGGUCGCUGCUUCGACUGGAGACUGCUGGCACGGAGCCACCGGCUGCUGCUGCUGCUGCCACGAGCCCAAACAAAGCGGAAACAACCGAGAAGAUCAAGAAGGCGGCGGUGAUUCCGGAGAUAAAGUUAAUCACGGCCAUACGACAUGACCCGAUCCUUAUACGCCAGAAUGGGAAGCCGGCACGAAAGAAUUGUCGCUACUGCCACAAAGGUGGCAUGCUGCAGUACAGCAAAUACAUGUGCAACUCGUGCCCGGACAAGCCGGGCCUGUGCCAGGAGCCCUGCUUCCGUCUGUGGCACGAGCAGCUCAAAAAGUAAAGCCCUCUCACAAUUCAUUGUAAAAACAGAUUCAAGAUUAAAUUGUUUAACUCCCCCCUUCAAAA